AUGAGUGAGGGACGGAUGGAGUCAGAGGAGAGGGAACGCAGGGAUGAGGAGGUGGGCGAAAGGGAUCGGAGCAGAAAACAAGCCGGAAGCCGCGGCCCUUCGGAAGUUAACUCCGGCGGGCAGGAAGAGGAGCAGCGUGACAUCUCUCACGUCAGAAGGGCCAGCGCUAGCAGUGGCCGUGUUGACGAAAGCAUGCAGCAGAGCAACAGAGACCGCAACGAAGCCGGGGAAGACUGCAAUGGCGGCGAAAGAAGGUUCGGCAGCCAGCGUCGUAGCGGCAGCGGCGGUCGUCCACGCCAGCGAGGAGGCGACACAGAUACCCUCUAUAUUAGCAACCUCCCACUGCGUUGUGGAGCACUAGAGCUCCGUCGAAUAUUCGAAGAGGUGGGAGAAGUCAAGGACUGCCGAAUUGUCAACAAUCCCGUGUCAAGGGAGUCUCGCGGCUUCGCAUUCUUAUCGUUCGUGGAUCCGAGCCAUGCUGCAGUUGCAAUAGAUCGUUUCGACAACAAGAUGAUCUUUGGUGACGGUGCCAGGCCAGUUAGGGUGGAGCGGGCCAAGCGUAACAAGCCCCACAACCCGACGCCAGGCUUUUACAAGGGGCCGCCGGGUGCCAGCAUAAAGUAUGACAAGUCGGGACGACUGAAACCCGGAUUCUUGCCAUAUUACGCUGUUGCACCUGGUGCAUCUCGUGAGUUCAUACCGCCCAGCCCCUUCGGAAUGGAUUACGGCUCUGGCUCACGGAGUCAUUCCGGCGGCCGCUGGGAAGAACGUGACUGGGGCGCGAGAGGUGGCUACGAUCCUUCACGCUAUUAUGAUCGUAUGGACUAUUCCGCUCACGCGAGACCGCCAGUGGAUUUCAGAAAUGCGAAUCCGGGCGAGUUUUCGUAUGACAUGCGGAUGGACAGGGGGUACGAUGUCAGAGCGAGUCGAGGAGGAUAUGAUGCCCGUGGUGCUCCGCCGUAUGAUCGUGGAGCUCCUGUUUAUGAUGCUCGUGGUUACGACAGAACGGGCUAUGAUGCCAAGUGGCAGCAGUAUGAAGAUCCCAGGGGAGACGGAAGUAGGUAUGUUGGUUAUUGCGACUACUAUGGAGGGAACAGUGGAACUGGAACCACAUAUGACGUCAAUCCCCGUGUAGACAGCCGCGAAGUCAAAGCCGUCGGAAGGGAACGGUCACGAUCGUGA